UAGUUUGCAUAAUUUUGUGGACUAUGGAGUGUUCAACGAAAAUACACAGGACAACGGAAUAAAUAAGAGGAAAUGUCCAGAAAGGUAUUUAACAAGCAGAUCAGAGUGCUGGUUCUGAUUAUUUCCAUGGCAGUUUGGGUCUCAGGAAAUAAUAAAAGGAACAAUGGAUCCUUCUGUCCAGAAACGCCAUGUGUGUGUUGGAAUCCAGAAACCGCUGACUGUUCACACAGAAACCUUAGUUCCAUUUCCUUUCAUCUCCCCUCCAGUAUUAAAAUCCUAAUUCUAACAGGAAACAAGUUUUUAAGUGUAUUGGAUGAUAUGUUUAUUAAUGUAAGUACUCGAAACAUUACAAGAUUAUCGAUGGACCAUUGUCACAUUAAGUCCAUUUCCCACGAGCUUUUAAAAAUCUUGAUCAUCAUCAUUCAGUCAAGUGUGUUCGAUAAUCUGAAAAGUAUUCAUAAAAUUGUAUUAAAUAACAAUUACUUAUCGGCAAUAGAUUAUAUGUCGUUCCCUUCUUUCGUUUGGAAGAACAAAGCCAUUUUUCUUGAUCUAUCGUCAAACCCUUUUGAUUGUGGUUGUCAAGUAAUAUGGUUUGUAAACUGGUUAAAAAACAACAAAGUCAAGAAAGAGCAGAAAAAUUUCCUGAUUUAUACAAAUGUGUUUCACCUAGUGACAAGCGUGGUCUACUUCUUGCCAAUUUUUAUGCUUCAGAAUGCCACCGUCCAAAGCAGUAUUUAAUACUUUCAUUUACUAUUGGUGGGUGCUUAUCAAUAAUGUGCUUUACAGCAAUAAUUUUAAGAAAACUUCGUAGGGAUAUUAAAUAUUACAUUCAUAUUUGCAAACACAAGAAACCGUCAAGAUAUAAACGCAUGUUAGAUGACGAAUUCCUUUAUGAUGGGUUUGUUGCCUAUAAUACAAAUGACAGAAAGUGGAUUAUGUCCGAACUUGUAGAAAACAUGGAAAAGAAACAUAACUUCAAACUUUGUCUGCACGAAAGAGAUAUCAUUCCUGGAGGAAUUUUCGUAGAUGACA